AUGUGCUGCUGGAAGUAUUUUCUUUUUCCGUCUCCUUCGACAAACGGCUCCUUUAAGCUCAGCCUCCCCCAGCCGCCCCCCCCUGCCAGCCGCCAGCCUCCCCCAGCCGCCCCCCCCUGCCAGCCGCCAGCCUCCCCCAGCCGCCCCCCCCUGCCACCCGCCCGCCUCCCCCUGCCGCCCGUCCGCCUCCCAGCCGCCCGCCUCCUCGCACCACCCGCCUCCCCGCACCACCCGCCUCCCCGCGCCGCCCGCCUCCCCGCGCCGCCCGCCUCCCCGCACCACCCGCCUCCCCGCGCCGCCCGCCUCCCCGCGCCGCCCGCCUCCCCGCACCACCCGCCUCCCCGCGCCGCCCGCCUCCCCGCGCCGCCCGCCUCCCCGCGCCGCCCGCCUCCCCGCACCGCCCGCCUCCCCGCGCCGCCCGCCUCCCCGCGCCACCCGCCUCCCCGCACCACCCGCCUCCCCGCACCACCCGCCUCCCCGCGCCGCCCGCCUCCCCGCACCACCCGCCUCCCCGCGCCGCCCGCCUCCCAGCGCUCGCUGGAGCUCCCUGGGGGGUUGGUGAGCUACGUUCAGGCUGGAGCUCCCUGGGGGGUUGGUGAGCUACGGUCAGGCUGGAGCUCCCUGGGGGGUUGGCUGGAGCUCCCUGGGGGGUUGGUGAGCUACGGUGAGGCUGGAGACCCCUGGGGGGGGUUGGCAAGCUACAGUCAGGUUGGAGACCCCUGGGGGGGGUUGGCGAGCUACAGUCAGGUUGGAGACCCCUGGGGGGGUUGGCGAGCUACAGUCAGGUUGGAGACCCCUGGGGGGGUUGGCGAGCUACAGUCAGGUUGGAGACCCCCUGGGGGGGGUUGGCGAGCUACAGUCAGGUUGGAGACCCCUGGGGGGGGUUGGCGAGCUACAGUCAGGUUGGAGACCCCUGGGGGGGGUUGGCGAGUUACAGUCAGGUUGGAGCUCCCUGGGGGGGAGGGUUGGCGAGCUACAGUCAGGUUGGAGCUCCCUGGGGGGGGUUGGCGAGCUACAGUCAGGUUGGAGCUCCCUGGGGGGGGUUGGCGAGCUACAGUCAGGUUGGAGACCCCUGGGGGGGGUUGGCGAGCUACAGUCAGGUUGGAGACCCCUGCUCUAAAGCUUCUGCGUUUGUGA